GGGACACACAAAACUAACUAAUUUUUACAUCUUAACCUCAACCUUGACCUAGUGGCAUCCUUGACGAAAGUAAAAAUAUUAUAAUUUAUUAUUUUCAAUGUAAAUUUCGUCAUUUCAGGUUAGCAUAUGUUAAUAACAUUAGGAGCUAUGGCAUUUCAGUACCUACACGUCCGUUUUACUGUACAAACCACUUCACUUAAGUACUUCGUCACUAUAUAAUGUUCCAUAAACUAGUAAUGAUAACAUUUUUAACGUAUUACGUAAAUGCUGAAGAUAACAUAUUAGAAGAUAGAAGAUUAGAUUUCCUGGGUCUUGCGAAAAAGUAUGGACUACUAUGUGAAGCACAUGAAGUUAUAACAGAGGAUGACUAUAUACUCAAAAUAUUCCAUAUUCCUGGUGACAAGACUCGUCCGGUGUUGUUAGUGCAUGGAAUCAUUGAUACAGGAGACGCCUUUAUAAUAAGAGGUAAUUCGUCUUUGACUGUAGCCCUGGUGCGAAAAGGUUACGACGUCUGGAUUGGGAAUACAAGAGGCAAUGAAUACUCUAGGCGUCAUCAACGACUAAAUCCUGAUGUUGAUAAGGAAUACUGGAACUUUUCCUUUCAUGAAAUUGGUGUGUGGGAUUUAGCCAGUAAAAUAGAUUAUGUUCUCAAUAAAACAGGGCAAAUUCAAAUAAGCUUUAUCGGUCAUUCGCAAGCAACCACAGCCUUUUUCGCAUUGGCUUCAAUUAGACCAGUUUAUAAUAAAAAAAUAAAAAUAUUUAUAGCGCUAGCACCGAUUGCGUUUCUACAUCACCUUGAUUCAUCACCAAUGAGAGAAGGGUUGCUUGCGUGGCCUUACAUCAAUUACUUCUUUACUAAGAUAAAUAAAGAAGAAAUUUUGGGCAAAAAAUCAUUGGAAAAGUAUGUAUUUAAGUUGCUAUGUUCUCAAAAAAAUGCAUAUGAAUGGUGUGUAAAGGGGCUUAUGAUGCCAAUUAAUGGAUAUGAUCUUCAAGAAAUGGAGCCCGAGUUUUGGUAUGUUUUGCUGGGUCACUAUCCAUCAGCGACAUCACUUAAAAGUUUAAGUCAUUAUCAACAGAUUUGGACAAAGAGAAAAUUCUGUCAGAUGGACUACAAUGAAUAUAGAAAUUUAGCUCUUUAUAAUUCCAGCGAACCUCCUGAUUAUGAUUUGAGUAAGGUAACGACGAAAGUAGCUUUGGUGGCAGCGCCCAAUGACCGCAUGAGCCGUAUUGAGGGAGUAAAGUAUCUUAAGCAAUUCUUGCCCAACGUGGUGGAUUUUAUUGUUUUGGGGCAUAAGACAGCAAACCAUUUAGACUUCACGUACGGUAAACAUAUGCACUUAUACCUGUUUCCACACAUUAUGAAGCUGUUAGAAAAAUAUAUUUAAUCUGUAUAGGCAUCGCUCAACUAUCCUAUGAUUACGCAUAAAUAAAGUAAUAUUACUGCAAUACCUUUUAUAUUAAGACUAGCUGUCCCAGCGAACUUCGUACCACCAUAAAAAAAAUAGGGGUUGGUGGAAGAAGGGUAAAAAUGUAGGGUUGUAUGAAUUUUUGUAUGAUGUAUCAUAAAAAAAUAAGACAAAAAAUUAUGUCCAACAAAAAAUUAAGGGUAGACCACCCUUAACAUUUAGGGGGACGAAAAAUAGAUGUUGUCCGAUUCUCAGACCUACUGAAAAUGCAUAUAAAAUUUCACGAAAAUCUGUCGAGCCGUUUCGGAGUAGUUCAAUUACGCACACCGUGACACGAGAAUUUUAUAUCUUAGAUGAUGUUUCUAUUGUGUAUUAUUUUUGCUAUAAACUUACGAAAUUAUGUGAUCAAGUUCACGGCAACCGAUAGCGCUGUAGGUGUAGGUAGGCCGUUAGCUCUAAUAUAUUUUUUCUUACCCGAAUCAAGAUUUUUUAAUUAAUUAUUACAAAAUUUUAUUCAACUUUUAUUCGAUGCGUAUUUGCAAAAAUACAAAGCAUAAUAAUACACAUACACACACAGUCCACACUUUCCACCUCUGUAAUGAUGAUAUGAUAUGAUAAGGUAAUGCGCUUAGUGAAGCAAAGGCCGCAUGGCGUCAUCGUAUUCUACAGAACUUGUGCACGGCUUGUGGUUCAAUCUCGCAAUCAUGUAAACACUACAAAUGUCUAGUGAGCAUAGCAUAACGAUGCUGAUUGAACUUUACCUACCUGGCUAUUCUAUAUAUGGCAUGUUCUUUAAGAAAUUAAAAGGUAAGACUGCUAAUUUUACAAAUAGCAAAUAUGAAUAGCAAUGUGAAGUUAUAAAUAAAAUUUGAAAAGUAAAAAAAAAAAUAAGUUCCUAUCCACUAUCCUUUAUCCAU